CUAGGUUAAUCUUAUGAUAGACGCUUUUUGGACGUUACUUAUCACUUUUACUUCUGGGAGCUUCCAUCCUUUUACUUUUUUUUUUCUUGUCUGAAGUCUUUAAUGAGCUCCCUCUCCAGCAUUGUCUUUUGUUUUCAUUUUUCUCRCUCUUGUUAUAUUCAGCCUUUUUUCUGUCCUGCUUCCAUGUGGAAGAACACAGCAGUCAGCAGUCGUCAGGGAGAAUAGGUUUUGAUGGAGAGAGAGGAGAGUGGCAUCACUCGGUCACAGGCAAGCUUUAAUGUGACUUAAAGGGGAUUAAUUGAGGAGGGAUUUAGUUCGGUGCCACAUAACUUUGUAAAGCAUCAGUUUUAAGUGUGAUAAAUCUAUAUUUAAAUAUCUUUAAGAGAUGCAUUGUGCCUGUGCUACUUACUGACUGCAUGUAAMAACAGGGUAUUAGAAACAUGAUGAAAAGCUGGCGCUAGAAAGGAGAGCUGCAGGUAUUGCGUAUGUGCUUGUUUAUUUGCUCAAAAAUUCAAAUUUUGCUGUUUAUUCUUAAAAAUUACAUUUGUAAGUCUUGCCUUAUUCCUAUGUUUACUUCUGUAAGAUACAAAAUAUGAGUUUAGUUAUACACUUGUGUGUUUUAAUAGAAGUAAAGCAGGUCAAGGUCUAUUUGUACCCCAGGUGGUUUUGUGUGACUGUAUGAUUAUUGCACAGUGUGAGCUCAUUGGAUCACAAAAUGAUGCCACUGUACAAAAGUCAUGUUGUUUUUACCCCAUGUAAACUAAUUCCUGUUAUGUGUGCACAUAAAAUUAUUUAUGUUUUAUUGCUAAUGUUGAUGUUUCACACAUGAGCAUUCCAUACAAAGUGAGGUCUUUUUAAAAUGCAAUUUACGAACUAGUCAGAGAACAAAAGAAAAGUUUAAUUGCAUUUUAUUGUGGAUGUAAGUCACAUUAACAUAAUAUCCUAAACGAGUUCAAAGACAUAUGCAGUGUGUUUUUCUGCAUAAGUUUAGUAUUUGUGCUAAAUUUGUUUUUCUGUGUUGUUCACCAGCUUGCUUCCAUUUGAAGUGCUGGAAUGUUGGGAUUAUUUUUCAUUUACGUUYGCCUUYGUCUCAGAGAUGUAAACAGCAUCAUUUGAGUUAUUGUGAGAGCGAGGUCUCUUAUUCAAAGGGGCAAUUACCCWUGAUGCCUAGCGACCCCAUAAGUAGGCACCCUAGCCUGGCCUCCUUCACUUUUCGUUUGAGAGGAGAGCGAGAGGUAAGUAUUGUUGUCACGGCACCACGCAGUGGUGGAUUUGAUAUGUGAUUGAGACGCUGUCUCUUUCUUUUACAGUGACGUUUGGUGGCGAUUCAUUGAUAUUGGUGGAGACGUAGUCUCGACAUGAGUGAUGAUGAGUGUGAAGCCGGCCCGUCUCGGACUCGAGCGGACGUGCUUGAUCUGUUUGGAUCAGAUUCGGACAAUGGAGGUAGUUUUCGGGGCUUUUCGCCUUUUCGAACUCAGAGUGAGUGUACUCUUGUGUCUGGUCAGAUUGACCGACCGAAGCGUCAGGCUUCCAGUGGUCCGCAACCUGUGGCGCAGGCAAAGAAAGCUAAGCUAAGUCUUGGUAAAAGAGGGAGCCGUGUUAGCUCUGAACUACUUCCGGCGACGGCAGCCGGUUCGGCACAACAGURAUGUUGUUAACGUGAAACACAAGGCUGAUCUGAAUAUAAGUGAGUUGAAAUCACRGCUUGGACUUAAUCAGCUGAUGUCUCAGCUCUCGUYGUUGAUGAGCACGGUUGCUACUUUGGCACGAAAUUMUCAGUCUARAAGUUCUGUUAGAGGACCUAAUACAGAGGAUUUGUCUGAUUUAAUUGAUCCAGCCUAUAAUGAUGAUAGCUGGGAGGUGCCAGACACUGCAAGUGCAGGCGAGCAGGAUGGCUCUCAGGCUCCAUCUUAUUUUGAUCCCUCAGUGUUUGCUGAGAAUCCGGAUGGAGAUCCAGAGGAGGUGUGGAGUAUUCCACAGCCUGACUCAGAGGUGAAAACUGGACCUGCUAUAGCUAAUAAUUUUGCCUCUAUUGUGGAUUUGGGAUGUAUAAAAAGAAUAAGUGRGGACUCGGUGAAGAGUCUUACUGAUAAAUACCCUCAUCCCAAUAACUGCAAUUUUCUUUUGGCACCCAAAGUUAAUGAGGAAAUUUGGACGCAGCUGCAUAAAAGGGUCCAGCAGUCUGAUUUGGGUUUUCAGAAAUUACAGCAGACAUUGGUCGCUGGGAUGGUUCCUGUACUGCGUUUGGCCUCAUUCAUGGCUUAUCUGCCGGUGGCGCAGAGAGUUCAGUGCAAGAUGUUGUUGUCUGAUGCUAUUAGCCUGUUAGGGCAUACUAUGCACUCACUGUCGAUGAGACAACGUUAUUUAAUCYGGCCAAGAUUACAAGGAAAAUACACUUCUUUGUGUUCCAUCGACAUGCCAAUUUCAGCUAAAUUGUUUGGUGAUGACUUGGUCAAGCGGAUCAAAGAGAUAAAUGAACUGGCUAAGGUGUCUGUUGGUUAUCCUCACAUGGGCGUUCCUGGGAGGUACAACAACAGCAAGUAUAAUGCUUUCCAGACUGCUAGAGGAAGCGUGAGAGGCCGGCGCCAGAUUUGGAGGGGACCGUACUCCCGACGAAGGUCCCAGAGAGGAGCCUACACCAGCUUCGAGAUGGGAGACACCAUGGAUCAGAGGGGACAGGCUGGCAAACCCCCUGAGCGUGAUUGACAAACAGGCUUCCACGUCACAGCGAUCUCCUGGUGGCUUCACACGACCUGACCCAGUUCCACCCACUUCGGAGACGGCUGA